AAGGCCGUGAACGCAGCACGAUGACGUGUACUUCCUCGUUGCAGCUCCUCCCAAUUCAAAGAUGGCAGCCCUGAGACAGAGACGAGCAUUAGCAGGAAUUUAAGUAUUUUGUCGUGAAACCAGGUCUUUGUGGGGCUCUGCUACGUGCCUGCUUUUGUUUUCACGGUGAUGUUUUUACUCACUGUCAAUGUGUCGUCUGAAAAAACGCUUUCAAAUAGUUAAAAAUACAAUGUUUUCCAACGGGCUAAGCUAGCAAGCGGCGCUUAGCAAAUAAAUGAACUUGACUGUUUUUGCCUCAAACACGAAGCAUCUGCUCUGCAUACGCGCUGUUUACAUCACAUUAGAUCAGUUUCAUCAUGGCCAUCACUCAGUUCCGUCUGUUCAAGAUCUGCACAUGUUUAGCCAGCAUCCUCUCCUUUCUGAAAAGGUUGAUAUGCAGGAGUGGAAGAGGACGCAAACUUAGUGGAGAUCAAAUAACUCUCCCAACAACAGUGGACUUUUCCUCUUCUUUACAAAAGCAGCCAGAGAUCGAAGACUGGAGCUCCUGGGACGAAGACGCUCCCACAAGUAUUAAGAUCGAAGGUGGCAACGGCACCGUCUCCCCUCCACCCAACGAGGAGGAAGAAGAACCAGACUACUUUAAAGACAUGGCCCCCACCAUCAGGAAGACACAAAAGAUUGUGCUGAAGAAGAGGGAACCCAUGAACUACCUGGCUCCUGAUGGCUCAGCAGGAUUCUCCAGCAGGCUAGCUGCUUCCCAGGACAUGAUGGCGUUCAGUCCACCUUCAGCUGAACUGGGGGAAAUGGAAACCUGGCAGGAAGACACAAACGCCUGGGAGGAUGAGUCUGAUGCUGCCUGGGAGGCGGAGGAGGUGAUCAGGCAGCAGAAGCUGGCUGAAAGAGAGAAGCGGUUCAUGGAGCAGCAGCGGAAAAAGAUGGAGAAAGAGGCUCAGAGAAUGCUGAAGAAGGAGCAAAAGAUUGCCGUCAAGCUUUCAUAACAUUUUAAAAAAGCUCAGUUUUGAGCCAAAAGGGAACUGGGCUGGGGCACAGAGACACUGAUCUAUUAUGAAUUUGUCUUUCAAGUAAUUAAACCUACCUGGAUUUUCAUCAUGAACUGGUUAUUCUUUUUUUGUAAAUUGACCUCCUUCAUUUCCAUCUGUUUUGGCCGCAGCUGCAGUUCUGUAGCAUUAGUCUCAGGAGCAGGUGAUGCACUUCAUGUGGAACGAUCUUCAAGAACAUCAUCACAUCCUGCUGUUGGAUCUGAUAGGCAGAGUCAGGAAGCCACCUCGUCUUUGUUCCUUGGAAUCAUUUGUAAAUAAACGGGUACCUGUGCUUCAUUUUACAAACUCCAGAGUGCAGUAAUUUAUUUUGGCAUCACCUGUGAACCAGUGACAUCUUUUGGUUUGCUGCUUAUGUUUUUAUAUUCUUGUCAUUCAGUCCUAUUUCUGUUUCUACUGAAUGUUUCUUGUUUCAUCUGUACUGUGGAGCCCUCACACUGAAGGUCUGCAAAAAAUACAAUAAAAAAACUGGAGCUUUA